GACUAAUGCUCUUAUUUGAUUUACUUUAGUUUUGGAGUUGUUUAAAAUAUACACAAAUUCACAUCCCUAGUCUGGUGAACAAAACCUGACUAGGGAGUGUUGUGGAUUGAUAGGACGAUACUGUAAAACAUGGUGAGGAUUGCGAAUUAUUUUGUGAAGACUCAACCCCAUUUUUGGGGUAGGGGACCCACUACAACUAUAUGGGAAAAGUUCCAGCGAGUGAAAAAAACACUUCAAGAUGCUUAUUUCAAAACCAUCAGAAAGCAAAUUCCAGAAAGUACCGCCGAGCUGUCUCAGAUUGUUGAUGUUACAAGUAAUGUAUCCAGGCAGCAGAUCUUGAAAGGAUAUAAAACCACUAUUUCUGGAUAUGCCGCGAGAAUACAACAGCAAAUGUCAGUCAGAGGUGGGAUGAUGAAUGGGAGAGCAGGUCCCUUCAACAGGGAUUUUCUCUGGCGUCGUCUUCGUACUGGUCACCUGUUUGGAUUUGCAGCUUUAUUUCUAGCACACGAAGAAAAUAUGGAGGAAGAGAAUGCUUAUCAUAAAAGGAUGGAUGAUUUGACAAGAUUGUGUGCUGGAAUUAAGGAUAUCUUUGCAGACUGUAAAUACCAGGAUGAAAAUAUCAGAUUGUUGCCAAAAUUAAGCGGAAGGAUAAGUGAUUUCAAACUUGGAAAAUGUAUUGCAGUCGGCUGUAAUGGAGCAGUUUAUGGAGCAGAGGUUAAUGAUGUUUCUGAGAAUGUAAUCCGUGAUGACAAAAAUAAUACACCCACAAGUAUCAAGAAAACUUCAAAUAUCAGAAAAUCGAAGCAACAAGUUAAGAAAACAAAAUCAAAGAAGGAAUUUGCUGUGAAGAUGAUUUUUAAUUAUGAUUCGUCCGAUUCUCAAAGGAUUUUCAGACAAACAAGAUCAGAAUUAAUUACCUGUGGGAGAGGUGCACUUGCCAGCCUGUCAAAAGAUUGGCAAAACGGCAAUCGUGCAAGGAUGAAACGUCUUCCAUCACAUCCUAACAUCAUGGCAGUGCAUCAGGCUAUCAUUGAUAAGGUUCCUGAGCAUUCAGAAUUCAGAACUAGGCAUCCCUCUUCUUUAGCAUGGCCUGUUGGAUUUGGCAGAACAUCAACAAUGUUUUUGAUCAUGAAAAGAUAUGAAUGUACAUUGGAGGAAUAUUUGAACAAAACGUCUCUAUCAUUUCAAACAAAGUAUCUACUGGCUUUGCAGCUGUUGCAAGGAAUUUCACAUUUGGAAAGAAAUAAUGUUGCUCAUCGUGAUCUAAAGUCAAAUAACAUCUUAGUUGAACACGAUUCAAAUCGUCUUCCAAGAUUGAUCAUUGGUGAUUUUGGCUGCAGUUUUGUACCUGAGUUGAAAGAAGAUAUGAUAUUUCCUUUCCCAUCUUCAGAGUAUGACAUCAGAGAUGGAAAUCCAUAUGUACAACCACCAGAGAUUUCCAAAUGCCAGCCUGGCUCUACAUCCGUGUUAGAUUAUGGAAAAUCAGAUGCAUGGGCUGCUGGACUAUUGUUAUGUGAGAUAUUUGGGAUAGAAAGGAAAAACCUAUACGAUGAUAUUGCGGUAAACGAUGACAACAGAAGAAUCUUGUUUAUGAAAGAAUUGAUACAAAUGAUGUUAAUGGAAAACCCUAAACAGAGAAUGUCUUGCACAGUUGCUGCCAGUGUUCUCCAUCUGGAAUUGUUUGGACCUAUCUUUGAGACAAUGAAUGAAAAAAAUAGUGAGAAUUCACAACAUCAUUCUAACUCAGGAUUUGAAGUCACCAUCACAGACUGGUUGCUUCUGCAUGCAUCUGAAACAUUUGCAUACAGAUCUACAAAAUGGGGAAAAAAUUCUAUCAUUUGUGAUGUUUUUAUGAAUUAUCUUUCUUCUCUCUCACUUGAUGGUGUCCGUUCGGCUUUCACUGCAUGGCAAUCUUUGCAUACAUACUGAGCUCUUGGCUUAUAUAACUUUCUGUACAUAUAUAUUUUCUCUUCGCUUCUUUCUUCCCUUUUUUGUAUAUAAGUUUGGUCAUUUUAUGGAUUUGUUAGCAGUUUACAUUAAUUGUGUUUGUGGUAAUUAUGCCUGGUGGUAUUUUACUCGAUGCCGACUAAACAAUGGAAAUAAAUCACAAUCUACAUA